AUGGCUGUAAUUAUAGAUAUAUUCCCCAAAAUCAAUUCAAAGGAAUUGCACAAUGCAGCGGUAGCUGCCGGAUCCCGUGCCUCGGCAGGUGUAGCUACCGGAUCCCGUGCCUCGGCAGGUGAAGCUACCGGAUCCCGUGCCUCGGCAGGUGAAGCUACCGGAUCCCGUGCCUCGGCAGGUGAAGCUACCGGAUCCCGUGCCUCGGCAGGUGAAGCAGCCACCCGUAAUGACACUGCAAGCGUCACGACUGGCCCAAAUACCUUAGGUGGAGCAACCGGAUCCCGUGCCUCAGAAGCAGUCACCCACAAUGCCUCAGCAAGCGCCACGACUGGCCCAAAUGCCUUAGGUCAAGCAGCUGGCUAUAGUGCAUCGGCAGCGGAAGCAACUGGCCACAGUGCCAUGCCAGCGGCCACCCAUAAUGCCUCGGAAGCGGCCACCCACAAUGCUUCAUCAAGCGUAACGACUGGCCCAAAUACCUUAGCUGAAGCAACUGACCACAAUGCUUCAUCAAGCGCCACGACUGGCCCAAAUGCCUUAGGUGAAGCAACUGUCCAUGGUUCCUCUGUAGUGGAAGCAACUGGACACAGUGCCAUGCCAGCGGCCACCCAUAAUGCAUCGGAAGCGGCCACCCACAAUGCUUCAUCAAGCGUAACGACUGGCCCAAAUACCUUAACUGAAGCAACUGACCACAAUGCUUCAUCAAGCGCCACGACUGGCCCAAAUGCCUUAGGUGAAGCAACUGUCCAUGGUGCCUCUGUAGUGGAAGCAACUGGACACAGUGCCAUGCCAGCGGCCACCCAUAAUGCAUCGGAAGCGGCCACCCACAAUGCUUCAUCAAGCGUAACGACUGGCCCAAAUACCUUAGCUGAAGCUACUGUCCAUGGUGCCUCUGUAGUGGAACCAACUGGCCACAGUGCCAUGCAAGCGGCCACCCAUAAUGCUUCAUCAAGCUCCACGACUGGCCCAAAUGCCUUAGGUGAAGCAACUGUCCAUGGUGCCUCUGUAGUGGAAGCAACUGGACACAGUGCCAUGCCAGCGGCCACCCAUAAUGCCUCGGAAGCGGCCACCCACAAUGCUUCAUCAAGCGUAACGACUGGCCCAAAUACCUUAGCUGAAGCAACUGGCCACAAUGCUUCAUCAAGCUCCACGACUGGCCCAAAUGCCUUAGGUGAAGCAACUGUCCAUGGUGCCUCUAUAUUGGAACCAACUGGCCACAGUGCCAUGCAAGCGGCCACCCAUAAUGCGUCAGCAAGCGUCACGACUGGCCCAAAUACCUUAGGUAAGUCAAGUCGGUACCUCAUCAAAUCUGGUUCAAAUGCCUCGGCGGAAGCCACAGGCGCCCUUGCCUCGGCGGAAGCCACAGGCGCCCUUGCCUCGGCGGAAGCCACAGGCGCCCUUGCCUCGGCGGAAGCCACAGGCGCCCUUGCCUCGGCGGAAGCCACAGGCGCCCUUGCCUCGGCGGAAGCCACAGGCGCCCUUGCCUCGGCGGAAGCCACAGGCGCCCUUGCCUCGGCGGAAGCCACAGGCGCCCUUGCCUCGGCGGAAGCCACAGGCGCCCUUGCCUCGGCGGAAGCCACAGGCGCCCUUGCCUCGGCGGAAGCCACAGGCGCCCUUGCCUCGGCGGAAGCCACAGGCGCCCUUGCCUCGGCGGAAGCCACAGGCGCCCUUGCCUCGGCGGAAGCCACAGGCGCCCUUGCCUCGGCGGAAGCCACAGGCGCCCUUGCCUCGGCGGAAGCCACAGGCGCUGCCUCGGCGGAAGCCACAGGCGCCCUUGCCUCGGCGGAAGCCACAGGCGCCCUUGCCUCGGCGGAAGCCACAGGCGCCCUUGCCUCGGCGGAAGCCACAGGCGCCCUUGCCUCGGCGGAAGCCACAGGCGCCCUUGCCUCGGCGGAAGCCACAGGCGCCCUUGCCUCGGCGGAAGCCACAGGCGCCCUUGCCUCGGCGGAAGCCACAGGCGCCCUUGCCUCGGCGGAAGCCACAGGCGCCCUUGCCUCGGCGGAAGCCACAGGCGCCCUUGCCUCGGCGGAAGCCACAGGCGCCCUUGCCUCGGCGGAAGCCACAGGCGCCCUUGCCUCGGCGGAAGCCACAGGCGCCCUUGCCUCGGCGGAAGCCACAGGCGCCCUUGCCUCGGCGGAAGCCACAGGCGCCCUUGCCUCGGCGGAAGCCAGCGCCCUUGCCUCGGCGGAAGCCACAGGCGCCCUUGCCUCGGCGGAAGCCACAGGCGCCCUUGCCUCGGCGGAAGCCACAGGCGCCCUUGCCUCGGCGGAAGCCACAGGCGCCCUUGCCUCGGCGGAAGCCACAGGCGCCCUUGCCUCGGCGGGAGCCACAGGCGCCCUGCCUGCCUCAGGCGGCUUGCCUCGGCGGAAGCCACAGGCGCCCUUGCCUCGGCGGAAGCCACAGGCGCCCUUGCCUCGGCGGAAGCCACAGGCGCCCUUGCCUCGGCGGAAGCCACAGGCCUUGAACAGGAGGGCCAACUCCUCAAGCAACAUGGAUUUUAGCAGCAGUGGUGUUUCUCAGGAUUUUGGGUCUGAUGGUGACAAUGAAAGCACCCAAUGUCUCAGCUCCAGCAGCGUUCAAAGCAGCAUCGUUGAAUAG